AUGGCAUCUGGAUCGAGAGGGUCAUAUAGUAUAGGAGACUCAGCUGAACUGGAAGGCAACCUAACCCUUAACGAUCGCUUAAAGGCUUUCAAAAGCUCUAACUUUGAUCCUGAUGCAUACGUUACCUCCAAAUGCCAGCACAUGAACGAGAAGGAAAUAAGGCACUUGUGUUCUUACCUUGUUGAAUUGAAGAAGGCCUCAGCUGAGGAAAUGCGUAAAAGCGUUUAUGCUAAUUAUUCUGCUUUCAUACGCACAUCUAAGGAGAUUACAAUUCUAGAGGGUCAGCUCCUUUCCAUAAGAAAUCUUUUAUCAACACAGUCAGCUCUAAUUCAAGGCCUAGCUGAAGGUGUUCGAAUUGAUUCUCUAUCUGCUGCUUUCGGAGAUGCAAUGGAUGAGGACACAAUUAGCUCUGAGAACGAAGGACUUUCAAAAAUGGAUAAGUGGUUAGUAGAUUUUUUAGACACUCUUGAAGUUUUAUUGGCUGAAAGGAGAGUAGAUGAAGCUCUGACUGCGCUAGAAGAAGGACAAUCUAUAGUAAAAGAAGCUAAAAACAGGCACACAAUGAGCAGAUCCGCACUUUAUUCUUUACAAACUGCAAUCUCGGAGCAAAGGCAAAAACUUGCUGAUCAACUUGCAGAGGCUACUUGCCAACCUUCAACUCGGGGUGUUGAGCUCCGUUCUGCUGUUUCAGCUCUUAAAAAGCUUGGUGAUAGUCCACGAGCCCAUACAUUGCUACUUAAUUCUCACCAUCUGAAGUUGCAGCGCUCCAUACAAAUUGUUCGCUCGUCAAGUACUUUAUGUGGAGGAGCAUUAACUGCUAGCCUUUCACAGCUUGUGUUCUCAACCAUUGGACAAGCAGCAAGAGAUUCAUUGGCGGUUUUUGGGGAGGAGCCUGCAUAUUCAUCCGAACUUGUCACCUGGGCCGUGAAAGAGACGGAGGGUUUUGCUCAUCUCCUCCAGAAACACUUUCUAGCCUCAUCAGCAGCUGCAGGGGUUUUGAGAGUUGUCACUGAAAGCAUUCAGAUAUGCUUGGGGCACUGUUCUUUAUUAGAAGAUGGUGGACUGGCUCUAUCUCCUGUCUUGUUGAGACUUUUUAGGCCCUAUGUUGAACAGGCAUUAGGUGGUUUCUUAAGAAAAAUUGAACAAAGCAGUGCAGCGCUAGCCGCUUCAGAUGACUGGUCGCUCACUCAUUCACCACCUGGUGUAAGACAUUCAUCUUCAACUGCGUCUCUCAGUGGUGCAGUUAUCUCACAGCCUAAGCUUUCAAUCAGUGCUCAUAGAUUCAAUUUAUUGGUUCAGGAAUUACUCGAGGACAUUGCGCCCCUUGAAAACCUACAGCUAUAUGGUCCGGCAUUAGACGGUGUUUUACAAGUAUUCAGCUCUUAUGUCGAUCUGUUGAUAAAUGCACUGCCAGGUUCAACGGAGAAUGAAGAGAACUUAGAAGGUUCUUUUCAUAAAAUUGUAAGCAUGGCAGAGACUGACGCCCAACAAAUAGCUUUGCUUGCUAAUGCAUCACUUUUAUCAGAGGAGCUGCUACCCCGUGCUGGAAUGAAGCUUUUACCAUUCAGCCAGUCUAAUAGAGUGGAUAAUAUGACUCCAAGAAAAGCUUCAGAUAGGCAGAACCGUUUCCCAGAGCAAAGGGAAUGGAAGAGGAGGCUACAACGCUUGGUUGAUGGGUUGCGAGAUAGCUUCUGUAGACAUCAUGCCCUUGAACUCAUCUUCACGGAAGACGGUGAAAUCCGUCUUAAUCCCCAAAUUUACAUUAGUUUGGAUGAGCUCAUGGAAGAACCUGAAUGGUUUCCAUCUCCAAUUUUUCAGGAACUAUUUGCCAAAUUGAGUCGGAUGGCAAGCAUUGCAACUGAUAUGUUUAUUGGUAGAGAAAGGUUUGCAACUAUUCUUUUAAUGAGACUGACCGAAACAGUGGUUCUGUUUCUUUCUGAUGAUCAAAACUUCUGGGUUGAGAUAGAGGAGGGGCCAAAGUCUUUGGGUCCUUAUGGACUACAACAGUUUUAUCUGGAUAUGCAGUUUGUGAUGCUUUUUGCAUCCCAAGGACGUUAUUUAUCACGCCACUUACAGCAAGUUAUUAAAACCAUCAUAGCUAGAGCCAUUGAUGCUGUAGCUGCUAAUGGAUUAGAUCCCUACAGUGUAUUGCCAGAGGAUGACUGGUUUGUUGAAGUUGCUGAAAUAGCAAUAAAGAUGAUAUCAGGGAAAGCCGAAUAUGGAAAUGGAGAACGGGAUGUUACCAGCCCCAUUGUUGGUACCUCUUCCAUGUCAUCACUCUUAAACCAUGGAAGUAAUGGAUAA